AUGAAGAAUAAGGCCACUCUUAUCCUGGCUGUCAUCAGCGCGAAGAUUGGUUACCAACAGCAAGAAGAGGUUCUAAAGUUGGCUAAGCGUUUUGAUCCCACCAACGAAAGAACUAUUGGGAUUGUUACCCACACUGACACACUUCAACGGAACUCGGAGCAGGAGAACAUUCUUAUUGAGCUGGUUAGGAACCAGAAAGCUCAAUUGAAGCUCGGUUGGCAUGCUUUAUGGAACGGAGCUUCACAAGACAGAUAUACUUCAGAGGAUCUUUGCAACAAAAAGGAGAUGGUGUGUUUUCGCAAUGGUGCCUGGGCUACAUUGCCCACAUGCUGCGUUGGGCUGGGUGCUCUUCAGGUUCGUCUGAACAGAGCUAUCUUCGACUGUAUGAAACAGUAUAUCCCAGACAUGGCCGGGAACGUUGAGAAAACAAUCUCCGAGAAUAAGGCCAAGCUAGAGAAACUUGGACCAUCACGCACAACUAUUCAGGAGAAGCGAGCUUACCUGCUCGGUGUCGGUAGCAAGUGCGAGCGAAUCAUGGCUCAAGCGCUAAAUGGCAUGUACAGUGAUGGUUUCUUCACUUCAGAAGCUCACAGCGGUGCCCAUGAUUUUCGCAAACUGCGAUCUGUUAUCCGAGAAUUGAAUGAUGACUUUGCCGAAGCCAUAGAGCUUCGAGGCGCUCACCGCAUCAUCAUCAUCGAUUCUGAUGCCGGAUUUCAAAACAAAGAGGCCUUCAAGAGAGAGGACAACCCUUACCUUGACGGCUGGAAACCAGUCUUCAUAACAAGCCGCGGGGUGGAAAUACCUGGCCAUAUCAACCAACGUCUUGUCGAAGAUCUUUUCCGUAUCCAUUCGAAGCCUUGGGAAGACCUAGUGAGACGACAUGUGAUGACUGUCGGGGAAGCCGUCGAACACUUCGUGCAUUUGCUCUUUGAAUAUCUGGUAGAUGACCAGGUUCUCUCGGCUCUCUCUCAUUCCAUCCUUAGCCCAGCACUGAACAAAAUGAAGGAUACAUUAUCGGAGAAACUCCAGGAGUUGACGGCGUUCAUGAAGCAAGGCCAUCCUCAACUGCUUGGCCGAACCUACCUUACACAGAUACAAAAGUCUCAAUCAAAGCGUCAGUUUCAGGAUCUUAGGCGAAGGCUCGGCCUUCCACUCAGUCCUAACGAAAAUCCUUCUACGAAGACUAUUUCACUUGGAGAGCUGAUGAGAGCGACAUCGAGCCCCGAGUCUCCGAGCACUCAGUUUUCUGCUGCUGAGAUCAUUGACCAGAUGCAGGCAUAUUACGAUCUUGCAAUUGUGAUCUUCAUGAACAAUGUCGCCAACCUUGCGAUAGAAAAUUGUCUCCUUCAGCCACUCGAAGGUAUCUUCACCAGCGCCAGCGUGGUCAACAUGGAUGACCAGCACAUUGAGGACCUUGCUACUGAGCCUACGGCUGUCCGGGAGCAGCGCGAACGCCUCAGCUACCAACUCGAGAAGCUUCGGACUGGUCUGAGCAUACUGAAGUCCUAUGAUAUUCCCCAGUCUCGCCGCGAAGGUCUGAACAUCUUUCCCGAGCUUGAACGUCAUUGCAGGUCGAAGACGUAG